AUGGGCUUCGCAGGGCUGGUGCACCUGGCGCUGGGAAUUCUGCUUCCCGGGUGCCUUGGGGCCUACGUGGUGGGCACCUCCUUGCAGGGCUUCUUCAACAUGAUUUGCGCCGUGUCCUGCAACGUCCUAUUCUUUGAGCCGCUGGCCGACUGUGCGGGCAUGGCCGCCUCCUGUGAAAUCCUGGCGCAGAGUGUGAUGCCCUCUGUGAUCUCCAUGUUCGCCACCCAAUGUUUGAUCCGGCAGGGCCCUAUUGGCCUCAUCCUGGUGCAGGCGAGCUCCUGCUUCUGUGCUGGUCUCGUCUUCUGGCUCGGCUAUGCCUCGGCACCCCCGGCCUGGACCCUCGAGGAGGCUGUGGCCAAGCAGCCGCCCCCGAAGUUGCCGAUCUCCUCGUCGCUCAGCCGCUUGCCUUGGUGA